GCCCCGAGGCUAAUACUGCAGACACCAGCUACUAGCUGACUGCCAGACUGUCUAUGAGUGCGUCUAAAGCUUAUUCCCCUUAGCUUUUAAUACAAGGACUGGGCACAGGUAUACAGGAUAUACAAGUUUUAAUAACCGGUUUUAAAACAUGCAGUCAGCAUGGACGACCGUUCCAGUGUCCUCCUACUUCACUCCGCCUCAUCCUUCUCAACUCGCUUCCCAAAUGUCCGGGAACCUUCCAGCGACCAGUCGUCCACGGGUUGGUCUAGGCGUGAUAUGCAUGUGCAUUCCCCAGCGAUACGCAGGGGUACAGGUACUCCUCCUCAAGAGGGGGCCAAAGUUCGUGUCCCCACUCAAGUGGUCUUUCCCCGGGGGGCGUCUCGAUGACGAGGGGGACGGGAGUGAUGAAGAUGGGGAGAGGGGUACGAUGAGGGAGCUGAUGAAGGAGUGUGGGGGAGGGUCUCCUAAUGGACUACCGCCUCUCAUUCAUAUUGAAUGCUACAAGUCUGGAAGGACUCUCUAUCAUGUGUAUGUAUUAGAUGCUGAGGGACAGACCACUUGGUUUCAGUGGCAGCCAUCAAAAAACUUUGAUCACACGGGGGAGAUAGACCUGUCAGCAAGGGAACUCACUCUACAGGGAAAAUCCUUUCCGUCCUACAAUGGGUUUUGUUGGGUUGACCUCCAGGCACUGAUAGAAGAGUGUUUGGCCAUUAACAUUAAUGAUCCUGAUGCUAUAUCAAGCAAUCAGCUCCAACACGGUCUCAUCCGUUGGGUCAGAACAAACGGAGAGAACAUACUCAAAACACUACUAGCCCGUAGUCCUAACCUAGCCUACCGGAGACUCCUCUACCCUCUCAGUUCCCCCGUACGAGGAGCAGUGGGCGGAGUUUCAUCUGGAAACCGGCUACAACUACCGAGAUGGAUUGGAGAUAUGCCCCGCCCACCUUUAUUAUCGGCGUAUUACCCUCCGCCGGCCAUGAUCCCCACACAGGCCACAGGUACUAAUGAAUAUUCAUUAGAUAUGCUACCACCAGGUGGAGGGGCUAGUAAUGAUAACGGGGCCCAACCUUCUACUAAUGAUGAGACUGGUGUUACUAAUGCCACUGGUAGCUACGAACAGAUGACAGGAAAUGCUCUUCUUCCUCCUCCUACUCUUCCUCUCCCUAUUAUUGAUCAAACGCUAGUCCCCACCACUCACACUUACGAAAACGGGAGCACACGUAAACCACACCCUCGCCGCUACGAGAUAUGCAGGUAUUAUUUAACUGGCGGGGUCUGCCCUUUUGGUGACAAGUGCUGGUUCUUGCACCCGGACUCUAAGGAUUUAACCACUGGAUUAGCAACCCCUCCUAUGUCACCACUACAACACGUCUGGCACCCAGCUGCACUCAUAGAUCAGUCUGCUAUGGCGUCUACUGGUCCUGUAGCCUCCACUGGUCCAAUCUCGCCGACCGCUUGGCGAUUCUCCGGACGCUACCUCCCAAUGUCUCUUCGCCCUACCUUCCCCCCUCCUCACCCUCCUCCCCAUGGUAACACUAGUAACACGGUAGCCGCCGCUAGCCUAUUUCGUACCCCUUACCCCGUGUUCCCCAAUCGCUUCUUCCCCCCUCCUCCCCCACCUCCUCUUUCUGGCUACCCCCAAGCUCACUUGGUCGGUGGUCAAAUCUCUCACAGCAUCAGUGACCCCGUAUUAAGGUUUAAGCUUCUUUCGGAGCUUUCUCUUGCUGACGAUAACAUUGAAUCAAGUAGACUAGCAGUUAGGGCUGAUCACUUUUAUCUGAGUCUUGAUCAAGGCCUGAGGGACUAUCGUAUUCUUUUUGGUGGAGGUCGCUCCUACAAUGACUCCACUUGUUUGAUGGUGGAGCAGAGCUUUACUCAUAAAGUCACUUGUUUGCAUAGUUCAAAGUCCCAGUCCCUGUUGGUCCUAGUGGGUCUGGAGAAUGGAGCGAUAUAUUGCUGGGACCCGCGUAAGAAUGGAUCUAACAGUACCACCUCUUCUUUGACUAUUGUUCAUGAACCUAACACGGCUGAGAGUCCAGUAACUGCUUUAGUUCACUUCAAUACGACCAUUGAGGGAGCUCAGGUUGUAGCCUCUGGUCAUUCUAAUGGAAGCGUCUCCUGGUACAUUGCUCAGCCUCCAAUGAAGAUGUACACUCUAUUGUCUUCAAUCACCUACCAUGCUCCACACAAAGUCACAUCAUUACAAAUAUUUGGUGGUUGUUUGUUGUCUGGUAGCAUCAAUGGAACUGUUUGUCUGUGGAAUAUGAGAAGCCAAGAGCCAGCACUAUCCGAUACCUUUCAAGCUCACACUAAAGAAUUGUUAGAUAUCUACGUUCUGCUUGAUGCCUCCUCUUUCCUAACUGUCGGUCUCAACUCUGCCGUUACUGACCCCACCAUGGGGGAUCUAGCCGAAGCCACGCCUGCAACGACCGCACCUCCUACCUCUGCUGAAAGCCUCGUGGCCAAUCUCGCCAAGGUCUCGCUUAGUUCAAGUCCUAGCCACUACAGCGCCUCAAUAUGGGAGUAUGAUAAAUCAGUCACUAAUUCUAAAACUGUUGAUAACCUAGGCGAGAUCUUAGUCUCCGCCUUUCACCAACAGCCGCUCUUCGGCAACCAGUUCUUGGCUGUUGGCUAUAAAGAAGGUGCUAUUAAAAUAUUCAACGUUCCCAACUUCACCGUCGCGUCUGAGAUUCAUUUCCCUGAUAUCUCCCCCACGGGGUAUUGCUGUCAUGUUGCUAUCAAUCUUUCACGGGACAAGGAAAACACUCAUCAUUUCAAUAUGAGGAAUCCUUUUAGAGACCUCAUUCUCUCGACCGUUUGGUCCGAUGGGCGUAUCAUGAUAUGUCAGAUUGAGCCGAACUAUCGAAGUAAUAAUAACAAUAAUAAUAAUAAUUUCAGUUAAUUCUGCUGGAAGAGGAAGAGGAGAAAAAAGAGAGAGAA